CUCCUCCCUCAGUCCAGCGUCCAGCCCCUGCCUGUCUCCUCGCUCUUGUUUCCUGGUGUCUCUUCUGCUCAUAUUUCUCAAGGAGCCCAGACCUGACACACCCGUGUUGCUUCCCUGCCACUCAUCCAAAGCCUCCCAGGACCUCUGUGCCAGCCCCGCUCCCUUACCAAAGUGGGACACCCAGGACCAGAAGGUGCUGAAGAAGAAGCGGCGACAUGUCUUCCUCCUCUCCUCCUCGCCUUGAGCAGCCGCAGACAGGCAGCUGUCCACCACCUCACACGCCCGUCCCCAACACCAGCAGCUCCGAAGACCCCAUGUUCACCCCGGAGCUUCAGGAUAGGCCCAUAUUCUACACCAUUCGUGACUCCCAACAGAUGGUGUGGGUCCUGAGUGGAGAUGUUUUAAUAGCAGCUCCUUCAAGCAACAAUGUGCAGCCUGUCACUGUCACCUUGAUAGCCUGCAGGGACACAGAAUUACACGAUGAAGAGAAAGGCAACCUGGUUUUCCUGGGAAUCAAGGGCAAAGACCUCAGCUUCUGCUGUGCGGAAGUUGAGGGUCAGCCCACGCUGCAGCUGAAGGAGGUCAGUAUCAUGGAACUGUACAGGGAGAACAAAGCUCGGACGCCAUUUCUCUUCUUCCACAGCCUGGAGGGCUCCACCUCUGCCUUUCAGUCGGCCUCCCACCCCGGCUGGUUCAUAGCCACGUCCUCCACAGCCAAGCAGCCCGUGACGCUCACCCGGGAGAGGGGCCUCGCUAACACAAACUUUUAUUUAGGUCGUGAGAAUUAAAUCCAGCCUGGUCGGAGGGUGACAGAUUUCAGGAUAGACUAUGAAGCUGUCAGAGAAUCCUUCUGCUUGAAAAUACAGUGCCAUCUGACCAGGUCACCAUCCCCUACGAGGUCAUCCACAGUUCAGCCCAUCCGUGGCCCACCUCAUUCUGUCCCCCCUCAAACCUCUGCCCCUCUGUGCAUCCACUUCUUCCCCAUGUCCCUCGCCUGAGCACUGUCCCCACAGGAACCCUCAGAAUCGCUUUUUAUUCUUUCUUGGUCUCGACCCACUGUCCAUUCAGCUGCCACAUCCAGCUAAGUCAACCCCACAUGCUUCUCACGUGACACCCUCCACCCUCUUCCUUCUGCCAAUCAUGGCCCGUCAAUAAAUGCCAUAAGUAAAUCCCAUCAAUAAAAGAACGCCAUGUAUUGA